UAGCUAAGAAAAAAAUGAACACGAAUUUCCGGUGUAAACAGAAGAUAAAUUAUCGGGGGAAAAUCAUGUUCCACGAUUAAAAUGAACGUAACAUAGAUGAAUCUUUUUGAAAAUGGAGUUAUAUGAGAAAUAUGAAGACUAUAUUUCUCUUUAUAUAUCUGUUAACUUUAGCUGCACUAUUAUAUGAAACAGAACAACAGUCUCAUCAAGCCGGACCCCAAGAUUUCCACUCAGAUCAAUGUCAUACUUUACCAGCAGUGUUCAGCUUCUUGAAAGCAUGGAAGUGUUCAGAGUCAGGAUAUCGGAGAAUUAUGGAACAUUGUGCAAGGUUUCUGGCCAUAACGAACUACCAGAAACCAAAUCAAAUACCAGACAUUUCACAGAAAGUGACAGUUUCCAAAAUUAUAAUGUUACACGAAAAAAAAUCAUUUGACGAAAAGUCUGCAUGCUGUUUAAUGGAGUUUUCUUCAUAUAAAAGCAUUCUUUUGCAAGCAUUUUCAAAUAAAAAACCUGCCAUUAGUUUGCAAGCAUUAUCCGAUAACAAACCUGCCAUUGUUUUGGGCUGUGAUAUAGUGAUUGCUGUAUGGAACAGAGUGGAUGAUUUAGGCAACUCAAGGAGGAACAAAAAAAGAUCAGUAUUACCGAAAAAGGAAUCUGUAAAUAAACAUCAAUUAAAUGUAACUGCAGGUGCUUUAUUUGAAAAUUCUUCUGUAAGAGUUACUAGAGGAGCAACGAAUAGCAGUGUCUGGAAUAUUUCAUCCAAGCUGAAUGAAACGGAAUUGAAAAAGAUAAGAGAAAGACUAGCCAUUCGGUUCUCCCAUGACCCUCAGUGGGCAAUGGUCUCCAUGACAUUUCUCAUCCUGCUGAUACUGUUUGCUGUAAAAUGCUGUAAACUGACAGACAGCGCUGAGUCGGACAUGGAGUAUGUGGAUUAUAUUGAUGACUUUCACACGACCACGGUGAACGAGGCAAUAGGGAGAAAGUUUGCUUUCAUAGAAUUGAUUAAAAGAUUCAAGAAUAGGAGAAAGAGGAGGAAGAAGAAUUCUGAAGAAAAGCAGGGCCUUUUGUCAAAGAAACGGAGUCACAGUGACGGAGAGGAAAAUAUACAAGAUGAGAGCGACGAUUUUAUUGCUUUAUGACCAAAAACCUCAAUGCAUAAAACUAUCUAUUUACAUGCACAAAAAACAUUAUUAUGACUGAAAAUUUGAACCAGAAAGGAAUUCAUCAAUCGGUAAAUGACCAAAAAACCUCAAUGCAUACGACUGUCUAUUUACAUGCACAAAAAACAUUAUUAUGACUGAAAAUUUUGAAUCAGUUUGGAUUAUUCAUCAAUCAGUAGAUUUAUAACACAAAUUUAUUUAAUUAUUAUGAUAAUUAAUGCUGAUUUUGAAUGUAUAUGAUGUCAGAUGGAAUCUUGGAAAUACUUUCUGUAAAGGAAGGGUUUUUUCCCCUUACAAAUUUUGUACAUGUACUAAAAUAACAUAAAUGAAUUACCGGUAUAUAUAUCUUAUAAAAUAAUUACAAAAAGGAUUGAAUUUUAUAUACCUGUAUAUGUAUAUUUAUAUUUUCAAUAAUGUUUUGUUACAAAUUGUUCAUUUAUCUAAGAGGAGUUUGAAAGAUGGAAAAGGGUCCUAGGUUACAGAUCAAAUGCAUUCAUAUAUAGAAGUCAGACAUUAUGAUGUAUGAUAAUGAAUUGUAUGACAGUCAUUUAAAUUGUAUGCAGGAUGUCAAAACAUCAGCUUAUCCAAUUGUUUUCAAAAUAUAUUAACAAAUAUAUGUUUUAAUAGGAAUCAUAUUUAGAUCGAAUUUCACUUUCAUGUACCCGGUAUUAUUUUUUUAGCUCACCUGAGCCAAAGGCUCAAGUGAGCUUUUCUGAUCACAAUUUGUCCGUUGUCUGUCGUUGUCGUUGUCGUAGUCGUAGUCGUCGUUGUUGUCGUCGUCGUUGUAAACUUUUCACAUUUUCAUCUUCUUCUCAAGAACCACUGGGCAGAUUUCAACCAAAUUUGGCACAAAGCACCACUAGGUGAAGGGGAUUCAAGUUUGUUCAAAUGAAGGGCCACGCCCUCUUUAAAGGGGAGAUAAUUGAGAAUUAUUGAAAAUUUGUUGGUAUUUUUCAAAAAUCUUCUUCUCAAAAACUAAUCGGCCUGAAAAGCUUAAACUUGUGUGGAGGCAUCCUCAGGUAGUGUAGAUUCAAGUUUGUUCAAAUCAUGGUCCCCGGGGGUAGGAAGGGGCCACAAGAGGGGGAUCAAGUUUAACAUAGGAAUAUAUAGAGAAAAUCUUUAAAAAUCUUCUUUUCAAAAACUAAUAGACCAGAAAAGCUAAAAUUAAAAUGGUAGCAUCCUCAGAUAGUGUAGAUUCAAGUUUGUUCAAAUCAUGGUCCCCAGGGGUAGGGUGGGGCCACAAUUUGGGGAUCAAGUUUUACAUAGGAAUAUAUAGAGAAAAUCUUUAAAAAUCUUCUUCUCAAAAACUAUUAGGCCAGAAAAGCUAAAAUUAAAAUGGAAGCAUCCUCAGAUAGUGUAGAUUCAAGUUUGUUCAAAUCAUUAUCCCCGAAGGUAGGGCGGGGCCACAAUUGGGGGAUCAAGUUUUACAUAGGAAUAUAUAGAGAAAAUCUUUAAAAAUCUUCUUUUAAAAAACUAUUAGGCCAGGAAAGCUCAAAUUAAAAUGGAAGCAUCCUCAGAUAGUGUAGAUUCAAGCUUGUUCAAAUCAUAGUCCCUGGGGGUAGGGUGGGGC